CCCGGGGACAGCCCUGCCUUAGGCGAAUUUGUCCUCGCGAACUGGCCCCGGGCCUGCCGAGGGAGGGGCGGGGAGACACCAUGAGUAAGAGAUAGUCAAAGCCUUGCAGGAGAGAUAAGGGAGAGUCAGGGAAGCGGGUUAGGAGCCGGGGAGAAAAACGGAGGAGGGACGAGGGCGGAGGGAGAGGCGGGGAAGAGUGCUCUUCCUGGUUGGGCCCAGUCCUGAGCUGUUACACGGGAAGUCAGCGGAGGGGACAUCAGUGACGCCCCAACCUCCCCUCCCCUAGACCCACCUGGCCCACAGGAUGGCGGAGGAGUUCAUCACGCCCGUUUACUGCACCGGGGUGUCAGCCCAAGUGCAGAAGCAACGGGCCAAGGAUCUAGGCCUGGGGCGCCACGAGAACGCCAUCAAGUACCUGGGCCAGGAUUAUGAGCAGCUUCGGGCUCGAUGCCUACAGAGUGGAACCCUCUUCCGAGAUGACGCCUUUCCUGCUGUGCCCCAAAGCCUGGGCUAUAAAGAGCUCGGUCCCAAUUCCUCCAAGACCUAUGGCAUCAAGUGGAAGCGCCCAAUGGAGCUGUUGUCAAACCCCCAGUUCAUCGUGGAUGGAGCCACACGCACAGACAUCUGCCAGGGAGCACUAGGGGACUGCUGGCUUUUGGCUGCCAUUGCCUCCCUCACUCUGAAUGAUACCCUUCUUCACCGAGUGGUUCCCCAUGGCCAGAGCUUCCAGGAUGGCUAUGUUGGCAUCUUCCACUUUCAGCUGUGGCAGUUUGGGGAAUGGGUGGAUGUGGUUGUGGAUGACCUGCUGCCCACCAAGGACGGGAAGCUGGUGUUUGUGCAUUCUGCCGAAGGCACUGAGUUCUGGAGUGCUCUGCUUGAGAAGGCCUAUGCCAAGGUGAAUGGCAGCUACGAGGCCCUGUCAGGAGGCAGCACCUCGGAAGGCUUUGAGGACUUCACAGGUGGAGUCACCGAGUGGUAUGAGCUUCGCAAGGCACCCAGUGACCUCUACCAAAUCAUCCUCAAGGCGCUGGAGCGGGGCUCCCUGCUGGGCUGCUCCAUUGACAUCUCCAGCGUCUUGGACAUGGAGGCAGUCACUUUCAAGAAGUUGGUGAAGGGCCAUGCGUACUCUGUGACUGGGGCCAAGCAGGUGAACUACCAGGGACAGAUGGUGAACCUGAUCCGGAUGCGGAAUCCCUGGGGGGAGGUGGAGUGGACAGGUGCCUGGAGUGACAGCUCUUCCGAGUGGAACUACGUGGACCCAUACGCACGGGAGCAGCUGCGGGUGAAGAUGGAAGACGGAGAGUUCUGGAUGUCCUUCCGGGACUUCUUGCGCGAGUUCACCCGCCUGGAGAUCUGCAACCUGACGCCCGACGCACUUAAGAGCCGGACUCUCCGCAACUGGAACACCACGCUGUAUGAGGGCACCUGGCGGCGAGGGAGCACCGCGGGUGGCUGCCGCAACUACCCGGCCACCUUCUGGGUGAACCCCCAGUUCAAGAUCCGGUUGGAGGAAGUAGAUGACGAAGAUGACUUCGGGAGUCGGGAGUCUGGCUGCAGCUUUGUGCUCGCUCUCAUGCAGAAGCACCGUCGCCGCGAGCGCCGCUACGGCCGCGACAUGGAAACCAUCGGCUUCGCGGUGUACGAGCUCCCUCGAGAGCUGGAGGGCCAGCCAGCUGUGCACUUGAAACGUGACUUCUUCCUGGCCAACUCGUCCCGGGCACGCUCAGAACAGUUCAUCAACCUGCGGGAGGUCAGCACCCGCUUCCGCCUGCCACCUGGGGAGUAUGUGGUGGUGCCAUCCACCUUCGAGCCCAACAAGGAGGGUGAUUUCGUGCUUCGAUUCUUCUCAGAGAAGAGCGCUGGCACCCAGGAGCUGGAUGACCAGGUCCAGGCCAACCUCCCAGACGAGCAAGUGCUCUCAGAAGAAGAGAUCGAUGAGACCUUCAAAGCCCUCUUCAGGCAGCUGGCAGGAGAGGACCUGGAGAUUAGCGUCAGGGAGCUACAGACUAUCCUGAACAGGAUCAUCAGCAAACACAAAGACCUGCGGACCAAAGGCUUCAGCCUGGAGUCGUGCCGCAGCAUGGUGAACCUCAUGGACCGUGAUGGCAAUGGGAAGCUGGGCCUAGUAGAAUUCAACAUCCUGUGGAACCGAAUCCGGAAUUAUCUGGCCAUCUUCCGAAAGUUUGACCUGGAUAAGUCAGGCAGCAUGAGUGCCUAUGAGAUGCGGAUGGCCAUUGAGUCUGCAGGCUUCAAGCUCAACAAGAAGCUGUAUGAGCUCAUUAUCACCCGGUACUCCGAACCUGACCUGGCCGUCGACUUUGACAACUUUGUGUGCUGCCUGGUGCGGCUGGAAACCAUGUUCCGGUUCUUUAAAACUCUGGAUACGGAUCUGGAUGGAGUAGUCACCUUCGACCUGUUAAAGUGGUUACAGCUGACCAUGUUUGCAUGAAGAGGAGGCUUGGUGCUCCCUGCUGCUCCUCUCCUUUCCUCGGCUUCCUGCCAGGCUACGCCAGCUGCAAGUGCCUUCCUGGGAGCAGGAAGGCACCCUUAUCCUCCUGUCCCUUCUCCCAGCCACCACUGUUCACUUUCUCUGGGCGAAGCUGUGGGGUCUUCCCUGUCCCCUGCCCCACCCCCCAUUGCCAAGCCUGAAAGGCAGCUUUGCCCUUAUUCCUGCCUCAGGGCAGGCUGAAGCCCCCGAAGCCAGCAUCCUGAUGUGACCCUUCCCCUUACUCCAGAAGCUGCCCCACCUGGAGUCACCUGCAUACUUUAUAACCACUAGCUGCACAGUCUGCAGUCAGGGUGCACAGUCUGCCAUCCACGCGUGUGAGCCCUUCCCCCCGGAGAGUCCCCCGGGGCCAGGAUCACCUGUGCCUUCCUGGGCAGAAGCCAAAGCCCCCUCCCUGUCCUGCAGCCCAUCUCUGUAGCCCUGCAUGCCUGCCAGGUGCUGCCCACCUGGGGGUGGUUGGGCCUUCCUUGCUCCUCUCCUUUUUUAUAUUGGUGACUUUAAUGGGGACUCUUCAGGAACUGGUUAUGGGGUACCAGAGGCACUGAGUGUGAGGCGGGAAGAUCCCGUGUUUCUUUGCAGAGGAACCCUACAAAAUAAAGGAAAAAGCCCCA